GUUAGGUGAGUUACAGUCCAACCUGAGUGAGUUACCUGAGCACUAGCUGCGGGCUGGGCUCUAACCAGAUAACAUGGCCACUGAUUCUUGACAGAGACGAACAAGAUCAUUUGGAAAGGAAAGAUAAUUUCUCCCUUGAGUCACAACGAGGAAGAAACAGAAAAAGAGAACAUAUUGGGCAUUGAUAUCCCACGUGAACAAACUCUGCAAACCUCUAUCGUGAAUUCUGCCCCAGGUUAGAGUUUUCGAACCAGUGCUGAGGAGAAAUGCCACUGGGAUCAGGCACAAAAGUUAUGGUGCUCCAAUCAAAAUUGAAAAUAUUUUUCAUGUUUGAGCAAUUUUAAGAGGAUUGACUUAAGUAAACGAGAUGAUUGCUUGGCUGAUGUCUCUGAAGAGUAUUGAAAUAUUACUUUUGGCAGUGCCUUGCCUGAGUUUCCACACUGAACCUGAAGAAGGUAGCCUUGCAGGGGGAACGUGGAUCACAAUCAUUUUUAAUGAUUUGGAGUCCAGUCUCCUUUAUCCCGCCAAUGGCUCUCAGCUGGAAAUACACCUGGUGAGUGUGGCUGUGCCUGCCCUGCCGAGCAUCCCCUGUGACGUCUCCCCACUCUUCUUGGACUUGCCGGCGGUCAUGUGCAGGACAAGGUCUCUGCUGCCUGAAACACAUGAGGGCAUGUACCGCCUGGAAGUGCACUCUGGGGGGCAGGUGGUAGGCAGCCCAAGUCCAGGACUAUCAGAUAGCUGUACUUUCAAGUUUUCCAGGGCACAGACACCCAUUGUUUACCAAGUUAACCCACCAAGUGGAGUUCCAGGACAACUGAUACAUGUGUAUGGAUGGAUUAUCACUGGAAAAUUGGAAACCUUUGAUUUUGAUACUGAACACAUUGAUAGCCCAUUGAUCUUGGAAGCUCAAGGAGACAAAUGGGUUACUCCUUGCUCUCUUGUAAACAGGCAGACAGGAAGCUGGUACCCUAUUCAGGAAGCCCACGGUCUUGGCACUCUGCAGUGCCGUGUGGAAGGCAACUAUAUUGGUUCUCAGAAUGUUAGUUUCUCAGUAUUUAACAAAGGAAAGUCGAUGGUACACAAGAACGCAUGGCUGAUCAGUGCUAAACAGGACCUUUUCCUGUACCAGACACACUCAGAAAUACUGUCUGUGGUUCCAGAAACUGGGAGCCUUGGGGGAAGAACAGACAUCACAAUUACAGGAGACUUCUUUGACAUUCCUGUCCAGGUUACCAUUGCAGGCGUUCCAUGUGAUGUCAGACACGUGUCUCCCAGGAAGAUUAAGUGCACCACCAGGGCUCCACGAGAAGGUACAAGGCUCACUGCUCCUCAGGCAGGCAAUCGGGGGCUUCUUUUUGAAGUUGGAGAUGCUGCUGAGGGCUUGGACCUAACUGAAGCCACCCCUGGGUACAGGUGGCAGCUUGUCCCUAAUGCCAGUUCUCCAUUUGGAUUUUGGUCAAAGGAGGGGAAGCCUUUCAGAGCACGGCUCAGUGGGUUCUUUGUGGCCCCGGAGACAAACAAUUACACUUUCUGGAUCCAGGCAGAUGCCCCAGCUUCCUUGCAUUUCAGUCGAUCAGAGGACCCCAGGGCCAAGGUGGAGGUGGCCUCCAUCAGGGUGGGCACUACUGACUGGUUUGACUCCUGGGAGCAGAAUGGGAAUGAAGGGACUUGGCAACAGAAGACCCCCAAGUUGGAGCUGCUCGGUGGAACCAGGUACUACCUGGAGGCAGAGCAGUGUGGGAAAGCCCCCAGCAGGGGGAUGAGAAUUGGCGUCCAGAUCCACAACACCUGGCUGAAUCCUGAUGUGGUCAGCACUUACCUCCGGGAGAAGCAUCAGAUCCGAAUCCGUGCUCAGAGACUUCCGGAGAUCCAGAUGCUGACUGUGUCUGGGACAGGGGACUUCUUCCUGACUUGGGACGAUGUGUCUAGCCCACCAAUCUCUACAAAUGCCACAGCCCAGCAGAUUCAAAUAGCCAUUGAGGAGUUACUUGCAGUAAAAUGCCAGCUGGAACCCCUUUCAGCUAACAUCCUACUUCGACUUGGAUUUGAACAAGGCCCAGAAGGUUCCAGCUUUGACGGGGACCUCACCAGUGGGACAGAGCCCUUCUGUGGGAGGUUCAGCCUCCAUCAGCCUCGACACCUUGUCCUAAGGCCCCCAGCUGCCCAGAAAAGCUACUGGCUGGAUCAGUACAUGCAUUUGUGCAUUGCAUACAAAGGCCGCAUGAAUAAGACGCUGAAGGUGACCAUGUCCUUCACAACUGAUCUUCAAAACAUCAUUAAGAAGAACAUUACCUGUGACUGGAAACUCGUGGGGACCAGUCCCGAAAGUUGGCAGUUCACCUGUACUAACCUCUGGAAGGCUUGCCUGCAUCACUCCUUGCAUCUCCAGACGUCUCUGGCACACUCGCUGGUGCUGGUUCAUCGAAUUGACCUCUUCCCUCUGGCGCAGGAGAUGGGUGUGUUCUAUGUGGAUGAAGUUAUUAUUGCGGACACAAACCUGACAGUUUCUCAGGCUGAUUCUGGAACAGCUCGCCCAGGAGGGAAUCUGGUGGAAUUGCUCUCUGUGGUGGGAUCCCCUCCGGUCUUCAAUGUAACAUCCUGGUUGGUGGGGUGCAGCUCGGAGCUCCCACUCAUCACUGCAAGCCCUGUGCCCACUGAUGGAGCAGAAGAAGGAUCCAGGAUGGUCCACGUGACAACACAGAGACUACAGAGAACAAGUCCACCUUUGGGAGGGCACUUUCACAUCCAACUUUCUAAUACAGUGAUUCCUGAUGUCCCUGUACGUAUUUCAGCUAGUCACCUUCACAAGCUCUUACAGGACAGUGCUGAUGACUUCACCUCCAGGUACCUCAAUGUCAGCGACUUCACUGUGAUGGAGGAUCUGAAGUCUUGCUAUGAACAUGUGUGGACCCUCUCCUGGUCCACCCAGGUUGGGGAUUUGCCCAAUUUCAUCAAGGUCUCUGAUGCAAACCUAACUGGAGUGAACCCCACUGCAACCACUCGUGUAGUAUACGAUGGUGGAGUUUUUCUUGCACCCAUAUUUGGAGACAUGUUGGUUACUGCCAACCAGCACACUCAGGUGGUUGUGCGAGUGAAUGACAUACCGGCUCAUUGCUCAGGUUCCUGCUCUUUCCAGUACCUUGGAGGGUCAACUCCCCAGGUCCACUCUGUGUGGUAUUCCCUUGACGGUGACACGGCCUUACUGGUUUAUAUUGCUGGAACUAGUUUCUCGGGUGACUCCCAUGCCUUGCAGAUUACAGUGAACAAAACGAGUUGCAAAGUUAUUUUCUCAAAUCAAACACGUGUGGUCUGUCAGAUAGAUCUGCUGCCUGUUGGAGUGUAUCUGAUCUCAAUGUUGGUGAGACCCUCUGGUCGUGCCAUCAAUGCCAGUGGGGAAGGCCUCUUCCUGAAUGUGGAACCCAGACUGGAUGCUGUGGAGCCUGCCAUAGCUGCAGAGAUUGGAGGGCUCUGGGCCACCAUCCGAGGUUCUGGUUUGGAAGACGUUAGCCUGGUAUUAUUUGGAUCUCAGUCUUGUGCCAUCAAUGUCACCACAAGCAACUCACGAAGAAUUCAAUGCCAAGUUCCACCCAGAGGAAAAGGUGGACCCAUUGUGAAUGUGACCGUGAUCAGUGGGGACCACUCUGCAGCUCUCUCUGUGGCAUUUACAUACGUCUCCUUUUUAAACCCAGUGAUCACGUCUCUGAGCAGAAACAGGAGCAGCAUAGCAGGAGGUGAGACCCUUUUCAUCGGGAUGGCGCGACUGGUGGACCACCCGGACAUGGAUGUGGACGUCCUCGUCCAGGACUCCUUGGCUCCAGUUCACGCAAAGACUGCUCAGGGCCUAGAGGUGGUGCUGCCCCCGCUGCCAGCUGGCCUCCACAGAGUCUCCGUCUCCAUCAAUGGGAUCAGCAUUCACUCAGAAGGGGUCGGUCUUCACAUCCAGUAUAUCACAGAAGUUUUCAGCAUCGAGCCUUGCUGUGGGUCCCUUCUGGGUGGAACCAUUCUCAGCAUCUCAGGAACAGGGUUCAGCAGGGACCCAGCUUUAAUUUGGGUGCUUGUGGGCAAUCAGUCCUGUGACAUUGUGAACUUAACAGAGACAAACAUCUGGUGUGAGACCUCGCCCACCUUCCUGCUGCCUGUGGUCGACGUUCUCACUGUCCCAGCCCCCGUGGAGGUCUGGGCUGGCAGUAUGCCCUUCACCCAGGGAUCUGCACCAAGUCUGGUGGGAAAGGGCUUUACCUUCACAUAUGAGGUGGCAACAACACCAGUGGUCACUGCCGUUCGAGGAGAAUUCACGAACAGCAGCCUGAGCCUCUAUGUGGAAGGAUAUAACCUCUCCCACUCAGUGAUUCUUCUGGGGGACUUGAACUGCAGUCUUGACACCCAGUCCUUCUGGAGCAACAGGAGCCUGUCUGGCUGCUCCUUUCCUCUGUACAGCGUGGAGGCAGGUGUCUAUCCUCUUCAAGUACGUCAGCAGCAGAUGGGCUUUGCUAACAUGUCUGCAGUGCCCCAGCAAUUUGUGGUCGCACCUCAGAUACUGGCCAUCUUCCCAGCCAACGGGUCAGCUUGUGGUGGGACAGUCCUCACAGUGCAGGGGUUGGCUCUUACCUCCAGGAGGAAGUCAGUUCACGUUGAUCUUUCAGGCCCUUUUACUUGUGUGAUUUUGAGCUUGGGGGACCAGGCAAUCCUCUGCCAGAUUAACCCACUGGGUAACUCCCUGCCUGGUGCUUCCUUCACCCUUAACGUCACAGUCCUGGUCAAUGGGCUCCCCAGCGAGUGUCAGGGUAACUGCACCCUUUUCCUGAGGGAGGAGACAACUCCUGUAGUGGACACCUUGACUGUUAACACCAGUGGGUCUCUGACUUCAGUGUUGAUUAGAGGUCAGAGGUUAGGCACCACAGCCGAUGAACCCAUGGUGUAUUUGGACAAUCAUCUCCCUUGCGUUGUAACUUUCUUUAAUGCAAGCCAUGUGGCAUGUUGGAUAAGUGACUUGACCCCAGGGCUCCACUACCUAUCCGUUUUUUAUUCAAGGAGUGGGUAUGCUUGUUCUGGUAAUUCUUCCAGACACUUCUCCGUUUUGCCUCAGGUGUUUCAUUAUUUCCCCAAGAACUUCAGCAUAUAUGGUGGAAGCCUCUUGACCAUAGAGGGCACAGCCCUGGGAGGGCAGAGCCGCUCGUGUGUCUACAUUGGCCAGCAGGCCUGCCUGACGGUGAACAUCAGCGCUGAACUCAUCCAGUGCAUUGUUCCUGCAGGGAACGGAUCCGCUGUCCUGGACAUAGAGGUAGAUGGGCGUUCCUACCAGAUAGGAGUCAUUGGUUACAGCAACACCUUCACCCCGGAAUUGCUCUCUGUUUCUCACACUGGUGAUGUCUUAACCUUUGUGGUGGCCCAGAUCUCAGGAGUUGAGAACGUUGACAUUUUUAUCCGGACGUCACCCUGUGCAGGUGUCUCUGGCAACAGCACAGUUCUCCAGUGCGUGGUCCCACCCCUUCCUGCCGGGAAGUACCAAGUCAGAGGUUAUGACCACGCAAGAGGGUGGGCCUCAUCUGUCCUGGUGUUCACAUCGAGAGUUACUGUUACGGCAGUGACUGAGAACUUCGGCUGCGUGGGUGGAAGGCUUCUGCAUGUGUUUGGAGCUGGGUUUUCUCCAGGGAACAUCUCAGCUGCUGUGUGUGGGGCCCCCUGCCAAGUCCUGGCUAAUGCUACCGUGUCCGCCUUCAGCUGCUUGGUUCAUCCCCUGAGUGUGUCCCUGGCCUCCCUAUGUGACCUGAAGCACGAAGAGGAGAGCUGUGACACCUCCGGCCGCACCUAUGUGCAGUGUGAUUUGACUGUCACUGUGGGGACAGAGAUACUGCCCAGAUCAUGGCCUUACCUCUACAUUUGUGAAGAAAGUUCCCAGUGCCUCUUUGUACCAGGUCGCUGGACAGAGUCAGUCUUUCCAUCGCUCUCAGGCCUCUUCAUCAGCCCUAAAGUGGAAAGAGAUGAAGUUCUCAUCUAUAAUAGCUCCUGUAACAUUACCAUGGAAACUGAGGCAAAGAUGGAGUGUGAGACGCCUAAUCAGCCAAUUACCGCCAAGAUUACUGAGAUACGGAAAAGCCGGGGCCAGAACACUCAGGGCCACGUUUCCUUUCAUUUUUGCCAGAGGUGGUCGAGGGCUCGCAGCUGGUUUCCUGGAAGAGCGCCACAAGAUGGCGACAACGUCACAGUGGAGAGGGGACAGUGGCUGCUGCUAGACACCAGCACAAGCAUCCUCAACUUCGUGCAUGUUAAAGGAGGCAAGCUGGUUUUCAUGGAUGCAGGAACCAUUGAGCUCAGGGCGCACUCCAUCCUUGUUUCUGAUGGUGGAGAGCUGCAGAUUGGAUCCGAGGACAACCCCUUCCAAGGCAAAGCUGAGAUCACACUGUAUGGGAGUUCCCACUCUACCCCCUUUUUCCCAUAUGGUGUCAAGUUCCUGGCUGUGAGAAAUGGAACUCUUUCUCUGCAUGGUUCACUACCAGAAAUAAUUGUCACCCAUCUUCGAGCAGCUGCCCAUGCCCAUGACACAGUGUUGGCUCUGGAAGAUGCUGUAGACUGGCUCUCUGGGGAUGAAGUUGUCAUCAUCAGUGGAAUGGGGGUCAAAGGGGACAAACCCAUGGAAGAGACUGUCCUUGUGGACACUGUGCACAAUGCAGACCUUCAUCUGAGAUCACCCUUGAGAUAUUCUUACAACUUCACAGAGAAUUGGGUGGCUGGACAGCACCAUAUUUUAAAGGCCACAGUGGCUCUACUCAGCAGAAGAAUUACCAUACGAGGAAAUCUCACUAACGAGAGGAUAAAGUUCCUUGCUUCAUGCCAGGAGGCUAACGCUUCAGAAGGUGAUUUGCAGCACUGUUUGUAUUCCAAGAGUGAGAAGAUGCUGGGAUCCAGGGAUCUGGGGGCCAGAGUCAUCAUUCAGUCCUUCCCUAAGGAGCCCAGCUGGGUGCAGUUGAAGGGAGUGCAGUUCCGGGACUUGGGUCAAGCCUUCCAUAAGCAUCUGAGCUCGCUGACGCUGGUGGGAGCUAUGAGAGAUUCGUACAUGCAGGGCUGCACAGUGAGGAGCUCCUUCAGUAGAGGCCUCAGCACAUCCAGGACCGCAGGCCUGAAGGUGGACAGUAAUGUGUUCUACAGUAUUUUAGGCCAUGCACUGCUAGUGGGUACCUACAUGCAAACAAGAUAUAUCCCUAGGGAGGCUACUCCUGGAAGAAAAAAUGGUGGGUCAGAACGAGGAAAUGUAGUAAGGAACAAUGUGAUCAUCGGUGUUUCUGGCGCCGAGGGCCUCUCCAGUCCUGAAGUGCUGACACCGUCUGGAGUCUACGUCCACGACCCCUCCAGUGUCAUAGAGGGAAACAGGGUGUGUGCUGCUGGUUUUGGCUACUUUUUUCAUCUUGUGACCAACCAAACUUCACAAGCUCUACUUUUCUCCUUCACUGGGAAUAUUGCACAUUCUUGUACAAGGUGUGGUCUCUUUGUAUACCCUAAAUUUCAGCCAACCUGGGACAAUGACACUGGCCCCACCCUGUUCCAAAACUUCACGGUUUGGGGAAGUGCAGGUGGUGCACAGAUUUUUAGAAGUAGCAAUCUUCACCUAAAAAACUUCCAGGUUUAUUCAUGUAGAGAUUUUGGAAUUGACAUCUUGGAAAGUGAUGCAAAUACUUUAGUUACUGACAGCUUAUUACUUGGUCAUUUUGCCCACGAGGGAAGCCUGUGUAUGUCAGUUGGAAUCAAAACUCCCAAAAGGUGGGAACUUACAGUAUCCAACACAACUUUUGUUAACUUUGAUCUCCCUGACUGUGUGUCCAUCAGAACCUGUUCUGGCUGCUCCCGAGGGCAGGGUGGAUUUACUGUGAAGACCAACCAGUUGAAGUUUAUAAACUCUCCGAACUUAGUAGCAUUUCCAUUUGCUCAUGCAGCGAUUUUGGGAGACUUGGAUGGGUCUCUGUCUGGGAAAAAUGGAAGUCACAUUCUUGCUUCUAUGGACACCCUCCCAGCCUCUUGUUUGGUCAAUGCCAGAUUCAGUCGGAUUGUCCCUGGCAGUGUCUGUGGGGAAGAUGUUCUCUUUCAUCGUAUGUCUAUUGGACUAACUAAUGCUCCAGAUGUUCCUUAUGACUUAACCAUGACUGACAGCAGAAAUAAGACAACCACUGUCACAUAUGUGCGUGACACACUAUCUAACCCUAAUGGCUGGAUGGCUCUGCUCUUGGAUCAAGAGACCUACUCACUGCGAUUUCAGACUCCUUGGAUCAGCAGAUCUCUGCAGUACUCAGCAACAUUUAGCAACCUUGCUCCUGGGAAUUACCUCCUGCUGGUACACACAAUCUUAUGGCCUCACCCUGACAUCCUCAUAAGGUGUGGGAGUCGUUUGGGGCGGUCCCUGCUGUCUCUUCCAUCACCCAGUGAAGAUCAAGGCUGUGAGUGGUUCUUCAAUAGCCAACUGAGGCAACUCACCUACCUGGUUUCAGGUGAAGGCCAAGUUCAAGUGAUUCUCCAAGUGAAGGAAGGUGUACCCCCAACUAUUGCAGCUUCUACCUCGGAGCCUGAAUCAGCUUUAAAAUGGUCCCUCCCCAAAGCAUGGGCAGGUGUGGAAGAGGGCUGGGGAGGACACGACCAUUCUACUCCAAGCUCUGGGGAUGACGUCCUGAUUUUACCCAACAGGACUAUCCUUGUGGAUACAGAUCUUCCAUCCCUCAAAGGCCUCUAUGUGAUGGGGACUUUAGAAUUCCCUGUGGACAGAAGCAACGUUCUGAGUGUGGCCUGCAUAGUCAUUGCAGGCGGGGAGCUGAAAGUCGGUACUUUGGAAAAUCCCCUACGAGAAGAACAAAAGCUCCUGAUUCUCCUGAGAGCUUCAGAGGGAGUCUUUUGUAACCGCCUCAACGGAAUUCAUAUUGAUCCAGGAACAAUUGGGGUUUAUGGGAAAGUUCAGCUCCACAGUGCUUAUCCCAAAAAAUCCUGGACACGCCUUGGGGCUGACAUUGCCUCAGGCAAUGAGAGAAUUAUAGUAGAGGACACAGUGGAUUGGCGACCCCAAGACAAAAUUGUCCUUAGUUCCUCUUCUUAUGAGCCUCACGAAGCAGAGGUCCUCACUGUGAAAGAAGUCAAGGGCCACCAUAUCAGGAUCCAGGAACGGCUCAAACACCGGCACAUCGGAAGCGUACAUGUCAUGGAGGAUGGCCGAUCCAUUCGUUUGGCUGCUGAGGUUGGACUUUUGACCCGAAAUAUACAAAUCCAGCCUGAUACAUCCUGUAUGGGGAGACUACUUGUGGGGUCCUUCAGGAAGUCCAGCAGAGAAGAGUUUUCAGGAAUCCUUCAACUUUUAAAUGUAGAAAUUCAGAACUUUGGGUCACCAUCAUUUUCAUCCAUUGAAUUCACUAAUGUGUCAUCAGGAUCCUGGAUAAUAUCUUCUACUUUGCACCAAAGCUGCGGUGGGGGCAUUCAUGCAGUUGCCAGUCACGGGAUCACUUUAAAUGACAAUAUAGUGUUUAGCACAGUUGGCCAUGGCAUUGAUUUGGAGGGUCAGGCCUAUUCCGCCUCUAAUAACCUCGUGAUUCUGACGACACAGUCAGUGUGCUCCACCGUUUGGGUGGCAGGAAUCAAAGUGAACAAGGCAAAGGACAUCAGCCUCCAUGGUAAUGUUGUGGCAGGAUCAGAGAGACUUGGCUUUCACAUACAAGGUCAGAGGUGUUCCUCUCUUGAAGCUCUUUGGUCUGACAACGUGGUCCACUCAAGUCUCCAUGGUCUUCAUCUCUAUAAGGAAAGUGAACUUGGCAACUGUACUAGUGUCUCCGGCUUUUUGGCCUUCAGGAACUUUGACUAUGGUGCCAUGCUACAUGUGGAGAACAGUGUGGAGAUAGAGAACAUCACUCUGGUGGACAACACUAUUGGUCUUUUGGUAACAGUCUACGUGUCUUCUGUUUCACAGCAUUCCACUGAAAAUGUGCAGAUCAUGCUUAGGAAUUCAGUCAUUGUAGCCACUAGCUCCUCUUUUGACUGCAUUCAGGACAGGGUUAAGCCUUCCUCUGACAACUUGACAUUAGCAGACCGAGCUCCUUCCAACCCAAGAGGGGGUCGAGUUGGCAUUCUGUGGCCUGUCUUCACCUCAGAACCAAAUCGGUGGCCUGAGGAACCAUGGCACAAAGUGAGAAAUGGUCAUUCAAUUUCAGGAAUCAUGAAACUUCAAGAUGUCACCUUUUCUAGUUUUGUGAAGAGUUGCUAUAAUGGUGACCUGGAUGUCUGCAUUCUGCCCAAUGUAGAGGAUACUGAAAUCAUUCAUCCCAUAACAGCAGAGAGGACCAAAAUGCUAAAGAUCAAAGAUAAAAACAAGUUCUACUUCUCUCCUUUACAAACCAGGAAAGAUUUAGGGACACUGGGCUGCCCUGAAUCAGACUGUGAAAGUCCAAGAAAAUAUCUCUUUAAGGAUCUGGAUGGGAGAGCCCUGGGUCUACCUCCACCAGUUUCUGUAUUUCCUAAAACUGAGGCAGAAUGGACUGGAUCCUUCUUCAACACAGGUACAUUUAGAGAAGAACAGAAAUGCACAUACAGAUCCCUGAUGCAAGGCUACAUCUGCAAACAGACUGACCAAGUGAUCUUAAUUCUUGACAAUGCUGAUGCCCCUUGGACAAUGAGGAAGUUAUAUCCUGUUGUAUCUGUGACUAGUGGUUUUGUUGACAUCUUUAGCAGUGUGAAUACCAACACUCCCUGCUCUGCUUCAGGGUCAGCAUCUACUUUCUAUUCCAUUUUACCCACCUGGGAAACCACUAAGGUCUGCUUUGUGGAUCAGACACCUCAAGUUUUGCGGUUUUUUCUAUUGGGGAACAAAAGUGCCUCCAAGCUUCUGUUGGCUAUAUUCUACCAUGAACUCCAGAGACCCCAUGUUUUCUUAAGGGGAAGUUUCAUUCCACCGACUCAGGUUCAAUCAACGUCCUCACUGCUAGAUAAGCCUAUUGGUUCCAACUAUUUCAGCAUCGUGGAUAACCUCUUGUAUGUUGUUCUACAAGGAGAGGAGCCCAUUGAAAUACGCUCAGGUGUUUCCAUCCAUUUGGCCUUCACUGUGAUGUUUUCAGUCCUAGAAAAAGGCUGGGAAAUCAUGAUGCUUGAAAGACUAACUGACUUCUUGCAGGUUAGCCAAGACCAAAUAAGAUUUAUUCAUGACAUGCCUGGCAAUGAAGUAACCUUAAAGGCCAUUGCUGACCGUAGAGCAAAAAGAAAGCGUAAUUGCCCAACUGUGACUUGUGCCAGUCAUUAUAGAGUUGGUCAACGUAGACCUCUCAUGAUGGAAAUGAACUCAGAUAGGCUCCCACCACCAACCACCAUGGAAACUAUCUCAAAAGUGAUGGUCAUUGAAAUUGGUGAUCUGCCAACAGCAAGCAGCACUGGACUGAUUCCAUCCUUAUCAAGUGACACAUUACAGAAUUUGGCUCACCAGAUUAUCACUGCUCAACAGACUGGAGUACUAGAGAAUGUUCUGAAUAUGACCAUUGGGGCCUUACUGGUGACUCACUCAGAGGGAGUCAUUGGCUAUGGAAAUACAAGCAGUUUUAAUGCUGGGAACUCGAUAUAUAUUCGGCCCUAUGCUCUUUCAGUCCUUGUCCAGCCUUCAGAUGGGGAAGUGGGAAAAGAACUUCCAGUACAACCACAGCUCGUUUUCCUGGACAAGCAGAAUCAGAGAGUCGAGUCCUUGGGGCUGCCACAUGAGCCUUGGGCCGUUUCUGUUUCUCUGGAAGGAACAUCAGGUUCAGUGCUAAAAGGGUGUACUCAGGCAGAAACUCAGGAUGGUUAUGUGAGCUUCUCUGACUUGGCGGUUCUGAUCUCUGGGUCAGAUUGGCGCUUUAUUUUUACUGUCACUUUCCCUCCAGGAACCAAUUUGACGGCUCGCUCCAGGCCAUUUGCCAUCUUACCUGUGACUAGGUCGGAGAGGUCAAUGGUCAUCCUGUCUGCUUCCCUGUGCUCAGUGGUGUCGUGGCUGACUCUGUGCUGUCUGGUGUGCUGUUGGUUUAAGAAAAGCAAAAGCAGAAAAAUAAAAAGUGAAAAUAUUCCUGAAUCCCAGACUAAUGAUCAAAAGAAUUAUAUCCAUGUCUCAUCUAAACACCAAGGAUCACAGAUGGAGACAGAAAAAGAAGACCCCACAGUGGGAGAAGAUAUGAAGAUGAAGAUCAUACUGGGCAAGCUGAACCAACUCCCCCACCAGUCAGUAAAUGGAGUGUCCAGAAGGAAGGUUAGCCGCCGUGCUGUCCGAGAGGAGGGUGGCAGCCGAGAGGAGGCUGCUGUGUCUGCUCCCAGUGUCACCGGCAUCACAUCCCAUGGGCACACCUGUGCUGCAGGCUGUCCUGCUCAGCAAAUGUAUAUGCAGGAGACUGGAAACUGGAAGGAGACCCAAGAACAGUUGCUGAGAUACCAGUUGGCAGGCCAAGAUCAGCUGCUGCUGCUCUGUCCAGACCUCAGACAAGCAAAGCAGCAACUGCAGGAACAGAGUCAGCUGGGCAAGGACAGUGGCAGCGCAGGGCUUUCCCAAGGGAAGAAGGUGCCCUGUGGUGCCAACAAGGCCUUCUGCCUUCGUUCAGUACAUCCAGAAGCUAUUCACGAACAGCUGUGAUUGAGGAGUGGUGUGGGCACUUGGGCCAAAAGUCAGAAUGUUCAACAUAUUUCUGGAAAAUGAGCAGGGGAGAUGAGGUCUGACCUGUUUGGACACUAAGAUGGGAGAACAUAGACUCUGAAAUCUUUUUUUUUUUCAACUUUAACAUGGAAGACAGUCAUAGAAAUGCUUGUAGAUUGGAACAAUGUCAGAUAUGUCUUUUGUAUUUGUCAUGAAACCUAGUCUAAUGCCAGUCAAAUUAUAGAUUGCCAAAUAUUUGGGUGUUUUUAAAACUUGUUUUAAACUUAAGCCUGAUUUCACCAUCUUAAUAAUGGUAUACCACUUAUUUAGAGUAGUAGGAAUUGUUAUUAAUCUUCCUUUAGGAUGACUACCCCCAGUGCUGUGGGCUUCUCUUAUUAUGGGAUCAUGAAAAGGUCUUGUCUGCUAUAAUUAUUUCUGUAGUGUUACAGCAAACCACUUUUUUACCUUAUAGGAACAUAUUAAUAAUAAGAGAUCUGUCAAAAUUUACCUUUCAAUUCAAGACAACUCCCUGGUUUUUUACAUGCUCAUUUUAUUUUAUGUCUUAAAUAGAAUCCUUGUUGGGAGCCCACAGUAGAGCAGACAUAUCAAAUUUGCCCCUCCUGAGUAUUGAUACAUGAAAAUUGAAAUUCUCAUGGGAUUUGCUGAAAUUUUAGUUAAGGACAAAGAUAUAAAAAUAGCAAGUUUGGGAAAGAAAUUGUCUAUAGAUCAAAACUAUUUCUCAAUAGUUCUUUGUGUUAGUAACUGAGUUAAAUUUAUAAAUGGAAUAAAAAAAACCCUGUAUUGGAAAACCAGAAAUAA